AUUACAACAGUUUUAAAGAGAGUGAGAGAUAAAAAAAAAUGGAGACAGAGAAGAAAGUUUCUCUCACGGAGCAAAAAAUCAAGAACAUCGUAACACAACCAAGAAUCUUAAGAAUCUCUGUUACUGAUCCUUACGCUACAGAUUCAUCAAGCGACGAAGAAGAAGAAGAUUUUGAAGCAAUCACUAGAAAACGACGUCGUGUUAAGAAAUACGUGAACGAAGUGGUUCUUGAAUCGGUUUCUGAUAAAGAAAAGCCGAUGAAGAAGAAGAGAAAGAAGACUGUAGCUACUGCUCCGGUGGUUGUUACGACGGCGGCGAGGAAGUUUCGUGGAGUGAGACAAAGACCUUGGGGAAAAUGGGCGGCGGAGAUUAGGGAUCCUAGUAGACGGGUUAGGGUUUGGUUAGGUACUUUUGACACGGCGGAGGAAGCUGCCAUUGUUUACGAUAACGCUGCUAUUCAGCUACGUGGUCCUAACGCGCUGCUUAACUUCUCUCCUCCUCCGGUGACGGAGAAUGUUGAAGAAGCUUCGACGGAGGUGGAAGAAACUUCGGGUUUUAUCAGUGGUGGUGGAGGAUGUCUUCAUUCGCCGGUUUCUGUCCUCCACUCUCCGUUCUCCGGUGAGUCUACGGCGAAGAUUGCGGUAAAAGAGGAAGUUUCCGGCGUUUCGACGGCGGAGAUUGUGGUUAAAGAGGAGCCGUCCUUUAACGUCUCGGAUUUCUCGACGCCGUUGUUCUCGGACGACGACGUUUUUGGUUUUCCGACGUCGAUGAGUGAUUGUUUCGGCGGCGAUUUAUUCGGAGAUAAUCUUUUUGCGGAUAUGAGUUUUGGAUCCGGGUUUGGGUUCGGGUCUGGAUUCUCCAGCUGGCACGUGGAGGACCAUUUUCAAGAUAUUGGGGAUUUAUUCGGGUCGGAUCCUCUGUUAACUGUUUAACGGCGUUUAGUGAAGUUUUGUUACCGGCGAUGGCGAGGAUAUAAAAAUAUCGGCGAUUU